UAGCACGGUCGAGUGGAAAGACGGCUUCAGUCCGCCAGUCGCAAUCGGUGCGCGUUCGGUGCUGAAAGUACUUUGCCGUGAUUAAAAUCUUAUCGGUAAUCGGUGCUUCGGUGUGUUGCCUACUUUAGCGGUUUAAAAAAGAAAAGAUGAUCACCAGGGUGCGAUGGACGUUCAUAUUCCUGCUAGUGUACGUAACUAUAGCAUCCUUGCAACCAGUCGAUGAUUUCUCCGAUAUCAUGGGGCCAUUCUGCGUAAACAUCGGUUGCUGCAACAACAGGAUAGACUCGUGUUCCGAACCAAUUAGAGGGACUUUGUGUUACUGCGACGAGUUCUGCAACCGAACGGACGUCCACGACUGUUGUCCGGACUACUGGUCGUUUUGCCACGGUAUAUAUAUCACGACGCCACUGCCGCCUCCGACCACACGCCGUCCGGAACCGCCUCCAGAGAUCAGAGCCUGCCUGUACAACGACAGGACUUGGCCCGUUAACGGGACAGUCCGCGAGAACUGUAACGAAUGCAAGUGCGUUGACGUUGGCUACACCGUCGAAAUGAUGUGCGAGAAAAAUAUUUGCCUCGUGGACGAGGCUAUAAUCAACACCGUCAACAACCGCGAGGUCCAUUACGGUUGGACAGCCGCAAAUUAUUCGAAAUUUUGGGGUAGAACUCUAGACGACGGCAUUCGUUACAGAUUAGGUACGCUGCAACCACAAAAGGCAGUGUUAGGGAUGCACUCAAUGAAACGCAUUUACGACCCUUCCGCAUUGCCGAAGGAAUUCAACACGGAGACCAGAUGGCCCAGGUACAUCUCGGGCAUUCGCGAUCAGGGUUGGUGCGGGUCAUCCUGGGCCAUUUCUACCGCGGCCGUUGCGUCGGACAGAUAUGGCAUAGUCUCUAAGGGUCUGGAAGAGGUUCAGCUCAGCGCGCAGAACAUCAUUUCCUGCGAAACCAAAGACAAAGGAUGCGAGGGAGGAAGAUACGAUCGAGCCUGGAACUUCGUACGGAAAUUUGGAUUGGUCGACGAAAAUUGUUUCCCCUACGUCGGUAACACUACGUCGUGUCGCAUCAGAAGGUUCGGAGAUCUAGCGACCGCGGGCUGUACGGCUCCGCGCUACAGCGAGAGGACAGGAAGGUACAAGGUGGGUCCUUCGUACAAGCUGGGCAACGAGACGGACAUCAUGUACGAGAUGAUGAGGUCGGGUCCCGUUCAAGCUACUAUGAAGGUCUACCAUGACUUCUUCUCCUACAGUAACGGAGUUUACAGGCAUACUGAUUUGACUUUGGCCCGUAAACAGGGAUUCCACUCGGUGAGGAUCGUAGGAUGGGGCGAAGAAUACACCGCAUCCGGGUUGCAGAAAUAUUGGAAAGUGGCAAACAGCUGGGGCACCGACUGGGGUGAGAACGGUUACUUCCGAAUCCUGAGAGGGUCGAACGAGUGCGACAUCGAGUCGUACGUUUUGGGGGUGUGGCCUGAAGUGGACAGAAAGAUCCUGACCGCUUCACCACUGUGGACGCGCUCUUAACUAACGAUCUCGGCCGAGCUGUCAGUCAAGUGAAACGAUUCCCCCAUUUUACGCCACAUUUCAUGUCUCUGUAUUAGCAACAACACUGCCAGCGGAUCGGAAACUCAUUAGAAAAGAAGCCGCUUUUUUACCAUUUUGAUCUGACGUGUUCUUAAAACUGCCCUGUAAAUAUGUGUUCACGAUACUCGAAGGCCGUUGCCCUAUUUAUUUUAUGUACCCGUAAUCAUCUCUCUUUUCAAUAAGGUUGUAAGAUAAAAUUUGUUUUUUAUUUCUAUACCUUUUACGUGUUUACAGUUUCAUAUCGUGCGUUUAUCAAUUAACUUUAAUGUAUAUAUAAAACAAUAAAUGCGACAAAUUGUGUUUGUUA